GUUUGGGCACCCCUGUCGAGGACGUUCAAAAGCGAUGGAUUCAGUACUUCUGCACGGAGAAGCCGAAGGUUAUAUUCAGAGUCUGGAGAAGAUGGCGAUGCGCGAGAUGGGAAGCCCAAGGUGGUUUCGCCAACAUGAGUACAUUGAGAAGCUGAAUAUGCAAGCUAUUCUGAAUGCCAGUGCCAAUCAGGAGGAAUUCAUAAAAGACCUGUUCGUUUCUCUUGGAAAGAUACCCACACUGGUGCAUGCAAUGAUACUUACAGAAGUCUGGAAACAUAAAGUGUUUCCCAUAAUUGGCAAACUCCAGGACUUUAAGCCGAAGAGCACAUUUCUUCUCUACAUGGUGAUUCACCAUGAAGCUACCAUCAUAAACCUGCUGGAAACAAUUAUGUACCACAAGGAGUCCAGCGAGGCUGCUGGUGAUAGUGUACUUGAUUUACUGGAUUACUGUCAUCGCAAACUCACACUGCUGGCGGGACGCUCAGUUUCUGGACAGAUCCCAACGGAGGACCGAAUUACACACGCGCAGCUGUCAGACACGGCAUCUGUACAGGAUCUGCAAAGACAAAGUGACAUGUUAGAGUUUGAAAUCUCUGUCAAGGCUCUGUCAGUAUUGUGCUACAUCACCGAUCACAUUGAGAGUUUGAGUUUGAGUGUGCUCUCGAGGAUGCUGUGCACUCAUAAUAUGCCCUGUGUGCUGGUACAAUUGGUGGAAAAUUGCCCCUGGAACAGAGGAACACUGGAGAAAUACACAGAGGGGAAGUGGAGAACCGUCCGGCCUGAAGAUCAGCUAAAGCUGAGUAAACAUGACGGCCAGGUGUGGAUGACUUUACUGAACCUGCUACUCAAACCAGACUGCCAAAGGAAAUAUGAUUUCAAUAGCUUUAACAAAACACAGCUCUUAAAGCUUCGUGGGUUUUUGACAGACGUUGUUAUAGAUCAGUUACCGAAUCUACUUGAUCUCAGGCAUUUUCUCAGUCAACUUACUGUCACAGAUCCAGCGGCCCCUAAAAAAGAUCUCAUCUUGGAGCAGGUGCCAGAGAUAUGGAAUAAUAUUGUAACGGAGAACAGCAGCAAGUGGAAAGCCAUUGCUAAAUACCAAGUGACACAUGUUUUCAACCCCUCUGAAAGUGAAUUAAGAGAGCAAGCUAGCAGGUUGGCUCAAACAUAUAAUCUAGAUGUGCUGGAGAAUCUAAUCCCAGACAAACCCAAGUGUGGAGCCUGUGGAAGAGUGGGUGCAAAACGCUGCUCCCGCUGUCAGGGAGAGUGGUAUUGCAACAGAGAGUGUCAGGUGAAACACUGGCCCAAGCACAAGCCUGCAUGCAAACUCAUGGAAGAGGCCAUAGAAAAGCUUCAGGAGGAACUGAACAUCAGCAGCUGAUAAAUGAAAGGGCUGGAGAGAGUCAUGCUGUGGGGCUCAGAGUCCACUAUGAACUGUUCAAUUCAAUGGACAACGAUGGAAAAAGACAAAUGAUACAACUGUUCCUGACUGUUUCUUUCUUGAGCUGUUUGUAUAUUGAGUUUGAAGAAAGUAGAUCAUUCUUUGAUAGAAAGCUUUCAUAUAUUCAUAUUCUUUCUAAGUGUAUGUUUAUAAACAUGUUUACA